AUGAAAACUAUUCAUACCAUCAUUACAACCCUUUUAUGUGUGGCAUGUCUGUCCAUCUGGGCCAUCUGUCAGUCCAAUACCGUCAUGUCCAUUCGCUCAGGAGCAACACAACCACAGCAAAACAGCCAUGUAACACACGAUUCCCCAAAAUACAUAACCUAUCUCCCGCAUUCAGGGCUUCACAAUCAGCGCAUCUCGCUCAUCAAUGCCAUGACCAUUGCUCAUGCACUCAAUCGCACAUUACUGAUGCCUGAACUCAACAUUGGUUCAGCGACAUUUUGGGCAGAGUCCAAUGAACUCGCUAAACAACUAGAGUUAUGUCCAAUGUACAUCAGGCAAAACAAAAAGGAAGCCGGCCGUCGACUUCGUUGCCAUGCCUACCGCAAAUACAAGCCGCUGCCUGUUGAAUCUAUAUUUGAUCUAUCGUCAGCACACGCAUUGAACAUCCACACUGAACAGCGAUUUGACAUGUCAAGGGACUACAUCCACCGCCAUGCAAGUGCGCACCAACUCAAUGAAACAGUGUAUAGUGUGCAAGACCCAUUCCGAUACUCUUAUCAGAUCCAUGAUCACGACCCCAAUCUUUAUGCAUUUGACCAUGAAGACAUGAACGAUAAAUACUUGGAACACAUUGAUUUGAAUGAAUUGCGUGCAAGACCUGAAACUUAUCUGGUGUUUGGUUCCUUGUUUGGCACAUCCAGGCUUCAGUUACACGAACCUGAAAUGCUCUGGUUGAGAGAAUACCUGCAUCGUACCACCGGCCUCAAUCAUCCAAAAAUCAAGCAAUCCAGUCAAAAGAUUAUCCAGGCUCUUGGCGAUCGUUAUACCAGUGUUCAUUUACGCCAAGGAGAUGGUAUUUUUCAAAAGAUGGCUGCUGAAACCAUUGCUCAAGUAGAGUCUGCAUUAUUGAGCAAUUUAACUGUGGUUCAUGGCAACAACAAUCUCAACAACAGACAAGUGAUGCAGCGCUUAAAAUCUAUAACUUCAGUGCAUGAACGCUUAAAGCAAUGUCAAUCCGUGCAAGAUGUCCUACAAAAUCCACAACUUGAAAUGAUCUAUUUAGCAACCGAUGCCGCCAAUCCACAGCAGGAGUUUCCUCACAUGUUUGACAGAUAUCCAUGUCUAUUUACACUCAGUGAUUUCUACAAUGCCAAGAUCUUAUUGCAAAGAAAGAGACAUGACAAGAUAGAUAGUUUAUUACCUCCAAUGAUCGAUGCUGAGAUUGCAUCUCAUGCCAACUUGUUCAUUGGUACGCCAAAAAGCACGUAUUCGGCCUAUGUGAGGUACAGGAACCAACAUUACCGUGUCCUGGAUUUCUUUAGUCAGUAG